AUGACGGGUUAUCCAGGCAGCAAGGGUGAAGGUCCAGGCCCCCCCAACCCCCACCCUGGCAAGUCCAGUGACUUCCCAUCCGAGACUCCCAAGAGCAGCCUUCCCGUUGCUCCCCCCUCGAGGGACAAGGUCCAGGAACAAGGAACAGCAACAGGAACCCCCGCGCGCCCUCCCCUAAACGGGGUUCCCCUGCAGCACGUGCACGAGCUGCAAGCUGUAGGCUGCAUUGACUCGGGCAAGAGCACGUACAGCACAGCACGCGCAGGGCCAAGGCCCCUGCCCCACGAAGCUAUUCCCACCAUGUUCCCCGUGUGGCUGCUGGCCGUGUCCUUGACAUCCACCAUCUGUCUGCAGCAAGGGGACCCAGAUCCAAACAUCCCAAUUCGCCACAUCAGGGUGAACCCUGAACAAGGACGACUCUUCUGGGACGUUGUUGGACCUGUCGACAAAAUUAGCUGCUUUCGGGGCCUCAGGAAGGCCACGGAAGAAAACAGAUCUUACUGCACCUUUACCCUCAUCUCCCAGUGCCAGGUGUUCAACUACACAAUCCACGGGACCGGGGCGCACCCAUUCUCGACGUGGAUCCAGUACCCAGACAUAGAUGAGAAGAUGAGGGGGGCGGAAGCCACGAACCUGAGCUGUCAGAUCCGCGACACGCACAUCCUGGAAUGCAGCUGGGCCGUGGGCAGCGCUGCCCCUUCGGAUGUCCAGUACGAGCUGUACUUCGAGCAUGUGUCCUCGGGGUGGCAUGUGGCCAGUGGGGCCCCUCAGAGUACUGGCCUUACUUCCCGAAGCCCUGGAGGAGGUGGUCAGGGACUGGAGCGGGGAGCAGUGAGGCCCAGCAGAUAUCUGGUGCUGCCGUCGGACCUUAUGGGGGCCCUGGAGGAGGAGAUCAGGGGCCAGAUGUUUACCGAUGCUGUCCACCACUCGUCCGCUGGGAGUGGCCCGGACUUGGUCUUGAGUGACCAGUCCCACCCACUGAGGUCAGCUCCCUACCCCCCAACCCCAUUUGGCUGUGGCCUGGGCCUGACUGUAGACAGUCGUAUCCCCGAGGGCAGGCCCUCCAGGACUUCCCCGAAGUGGACAUGUGAGCACUACACAGUGGACACGCGGGGCACCCGCACUGGCUGUCGGUUCCCGGACGUGUCUGGACUGGGUGAUGAUGCCUACCAGUUCGUGGUGACCGGGACCAGCCAGGCCGGCCAUGUGCCCUGCAUGGAGAAGGUCUUCUUCCCCUCAGAAAUCGGUGAGCCAGGACCCCUCACCUGCAAUCAAUCGUACGCCUUGUUGACGUGGACACAGCACAGUCACUUCACCUAUGGUUUCGACUACGAGCUGGAGAUCAAGAAGGACUCAGACGGCAGCAGGCCCAAAAUGGUCCCGGUGCAUGACAGAUCCUCUUCUCAUGAACUGAUAAACUACGGGCCGUUCACAGCGAAGGUCCGGGCGAGGAACAGCCUGGGCCCCGACGGGGCCAGCUGGGGGGACUGGAGCCAGCCUUUCGCCCCAUCAGGGACCGCCCCAAGCUGUCCCCAUAUCCCACCCGCCCAGGACGCCAGCCCCAUCAGGGACCGCCCCAAGCUGUCCCCAUAUCCCACCCGCCCAGGACGCCAGGAGCAUCAGGGACCCCCCCCAGACCCUCCCCAGAUCUCACCCAUCCGGGACCCCAGCCCCCACACCCUCUCAGAUCCCUCCAAGCCCCCCAGUCCUCCCCCAGCCCUCUCCCAGGACCUCCAGGUUCCUAGCCGACCCCUGGCCAUCAGGCUGGUCCCAGCUCCUAGUCCCCCCAAUCUCCCCUCAACAGACCCCUUCAGUCCCCAGGGCACCCUCCACCCCCACCACGCCCCUGGGGAUCCCAGCUGUGCUGGUGAAGCCCCCUCCCCCCACUGCCUGGAGGCCCUGGACACCCGCUGGGAGUCCUGGACCAGCCCCUCGGGCGCUGUCCCUGCAGAGUGUAAGGAGGACAAGGACGGCCGCGUGGAGGCCUGGCAGGUGGCCGUGUGCGUCGCGCUGGGCACGCUGCUCACUGUCCUGAUGGUCAUGCUGCUCUGCAGGAGGUUCUCGGUGAUGCAGAGGCUGUUUCCUCCCAUCCCGAAGAUGAAGGAUCCGCUCCGGGACUUAGCCCACAUGGACAGGCUGAUCACCUGGGAUGUGCACAAGGCGAUCCGGGAGGACUGCCUGGUGGAGAAGGUGCAGGCGGUAGAUGAAAACUCCAGCCGCGACCUCUCCGACAAGGCCCCCUCUGCACCUCAUUCUCUUGCCAGAAUAAGCUCCGUGGGCAGCGUCCCCUUCAAGAUGACCUCUGUGCACCAACUGCCCGUGGAGGGCGACCUCUGUGUGCAACCUGAUUACUGGAUUCCACCUGCCGGCCUGCCCCCACGCCCCCAGGAGGACCUGUCCCCCCCAAACCCCCGCCUGUGCAGGGAGAGAGGCCACACGAGGUCCGACUGGCGCUUCCUGUUUAUUGGUCUGGCUGGAGUCCGACGUGGAGACAUGAUGGGGGCUGGCAGAAGUGGGGGCGCGAACGCACACACAGGUGGCCGGGCGCACACAGGUGGGCAUGGAGGAGUCAUGAUUCUGUAA